CUUCUCAACUGCAGCAUUGAAUUUCACUGGUAAAAGAUGAAUCUACCACUUGUGUCAUUUUUCAUUGCUUGUCUGCUUUCCACUGUUUAUGGUGAUGACAGCUCAGUAGAAUACUGCUAUUACUCCCCAGACUGCAAUGCAACCAAAUGGCCUGUGAUAGUACCACACUUUUGCAGUGGUACCCAUCAGUCUCCCAUCAAUAUUGUGACUUCUAAAGUGCAGGCUGAUGAUAAGCUGAAAGCCUUCACCUUUAAUGGCUUUAAUGACAACUCCACUAUCCUAAAUAUUCAGAAUACUGGAAAGACAGUGAAAAUUAAUCUUGAUGACAGCAAAAUGAACGUGUCAGGAGGAGGCCUUCAGCACCACUACAGUUCCAUCCAGUUUCACUUUCACUGGGGCAAAGGCUCCUCUGUCGGAGGAUCAGAACACACUGUGGAUGGCAAACGAUAUCCAAUGGAGAUGCACAUAGUGAAUCUUAGGCCUGAUGCUGCUGUUAGUGACUCAAAGAGAUUUGCUGUUCUUGGUUUCUUCAUUGAAGCAAACAAUGACAGUGGCAAACCAAAGAGCUGGAAGACGCUUACCUCGUUCUUAUCAAAUAUUACUCAAGCAGGUGACUCAUUUGACAUUAUGAAUCAACUUACUGUAGAGAGUCUGAUUCAAGGAGUGAACCUGAAUAAAUAUUACCGUUACCUUGGCUCUCUGACCACACCAUCAUGUAAUGAAACUGUGGUAUGGACUGUAUUCAGUGACCCAAUCAAAAUCAGCAAAGAUUUGAUCGAUAUUUUUAGCAACACAGUGCACAUCAAUAAACUGGCUGAUGCUUUCAUCACCAAAAACUACAGACCAGUUCAGCCUCUGAAUGGCAGGAAUGUGACAUCCCAAGAAUCAGGAUCAGACACACAUCCACCAUCAGGAUCAGAAGCACAUUCAACAUCAACAGGCACAAGUUCAUCAGCAAGCACACUUCAUCACACUAUGUCCAUCAGCCCAGCACUGCUCUACUCUGUAUUGUUUUGGUGUCUGUGGUCCCUGUCUUCCAAGACAAGUGUGAUAAUGAGAGUUUGUUUAUUUUCAACACUUGUUUGAGCUGAAUGUUUCAAUCAUACUUAAAUUAAUUCAUGUGCAUGCAUGAAUGCGUAAUAUUUAAAUGAUCAUUAAAUUACUUUAUUCUCUUAAAGAUGCUUUAAAAACUACCAAUCAUAACUACAAAAUGACGAAAAUUUAUAGUCCUAUUGGAGAAUCAGGAAGUGUAAAUGAUGUGCUAUGUUUAAGACAGUAUCUUUGUAUAUAUCGCAGUGGGGCUGGCUGGGGGAUGUGGCAAGGUUCAUUGAGCUAAAAGUGAUUCAUCCAAAUAA